GAGAUGCCGGGAUUUUUAUAGCAAGCAACGAGAGGAAUUCUGAGGAGGUGGAACAUCUGUUGCUGUACAUCUGACGGGUGUGAACACAUCUCAUCUCACACAUCAUAAUGUCUUCAGAGAGCACCUUAGAUGACGAGGACACGUUCAAGAUUCUGAUUGCUACGGAUGUUCAUCUUGGUUAUCUCGAGAAAGAUGCCAUCCGUGGCAGUGACUCCUACAACACGCUAGAUGAAAUCUUGAAAUGUGCCAAGACAAAUCAGGUAGAUUUCAUCCUUCUGGGAGGGGAUUUGUUCCAUGAGAACAAGCCUUCACGCCGCUGCCUCCACAGCUGCAUCACUAUGAUGAGAAACUACUGCAUGGGAGACUCACCGGUGCAGUUCAGCAUCCUCAGUGAUCAGACUGUCAACUUUAACACAACACAGUUCCCCUGGGUUAAUUAUCAGGAUGAAAACCUCAACAUCUCCAUUCCUGUGUUCAGCAUUCAUGGUAACCACGACGACCCAACUGGGUCUGAAGGUUUAUGUGCACUGGAUCUUCUGAGUGCUUCUGGCCUUGUCAAUCACUUUGGCCACUCCCACUCAGUGGACAAGAUAGAGAUCAGUCCCAUCCUGCUGCAGAAAGGCAGCACCAAACUGGCCUUAUAUGGUCUGGGUUCAAUCCCAGAUGAGCGUCUCUACAGGAUGUUUGUCAACAACCAGGUCACGAUGCUUCGUCCCAAAGAAGACCAAGACGAUUGGUUCAACCUCUUCACCAUCCAUCAGAACAGGAGUAAACACGGUCCCACAAAUUACAUUCCCGAGCAGUUCCUGGAUGAUUUCCUUGACCUGGUUGUUUGGGGUCACGAGCACGAGUGUCUUAUAGCGCCGUCCAGAAAUGAACGGCAGCUCUUCUAUGUGACGCAGCCUGGCAGCUCUGUGGCUACGUCCCUGUCUCCUGGAGAAGCUACUAAGAAACACAUAGGGUUGCUGAGGGUGAAAGGUCGUAAGAUGAACUUGCAGAAGAUCCCCUUGAAGACCGUGCGACAGUUCUUCAUUCAAGAUGUAGUGCUGGCUGACUACGAAGACCGCUUCACCCCUGAAACACCUCAGGUCAAUAAAAAGGUGGAGGACUUAUGCUACGCCAAGGUCUUAGAGAUGCUGGAAGAAGCUGAAAGAGAGCGACUGGGAUGUCCGAUGACUCCAGAGAAACCUCUGAUUCGUCUGAGGGUGGACUACAGUGGAGGUUUCGAGGCGUUCAAUACCUCACGCUUCAGUCAGAAAUUUGUGGACCGGGUGGCCAACCCUAAGGACAUCGUUCACUUUCUGAGACGCCGUGAGCAGAAGGAAGACAUCAAAGAUGAGGUCAACGUUGACUACAGCAAGCUGGUCAAGACUGCUGCUGCUGAGGGGCUGAGAGUGGAGGACCUGGUCAAACAGUACUUCGAGGCAGCUGAGCAGAAGGUGCAGCUGUCCCUCCUGACUGAACAGGGCAUGGGAAAGGCCAUCCAGGAGUUUGUAGACAAAGACGAGAAGGACGCCAUCGAAGAGCUGAUCACCUACCAGCUGGAGAAGACACAGCGCCAUCUUCAGGCCAGAGGUGUAAUCACAGAGCAGGACAUCGACACAGAGAUUCAACGGUUCAGAGAGUCCAAAAAGAACACGACUGAGGAAGAAGAUGAAAUCAGAGAGGCAAUUGAGAGAGCCAAAGCGAACCGCAUAGAGCGCGGCGACGACCAGAUGGAUCCAGAUACGCUGGAGGAUCUCGCAGAUGUUGCCAUGGAUUCUGAUGAAGACUCAUUUUCACCUCCCGCCCCCACACGAGGAAGAGGGCGAGGAAGCAGGGCACGGGGCGGCCGGGGGAGAGCAGCGAGAGGCGGAGCUGCCUCUGAACCAAAGCCAGCCAGUCGUGGCCGAGCCCCGAAGCCAUCAGCAUCUCAAAGCAGGAGCAUUAUGCAGGCAUUUCAAGCUCCGUCCCAGAGAUCCUCACGGAAAACUGCUAAAACGUCUUAUGCAGAGGAGGAAGUGAUCAUAGAUGACUCGGAUGAGGAUUUCCCCGUGGUGAAAGCCACCCGUCCUGCUUCGAGACCUGCGUCGAUGUCGUCCUCCUUCUCAAAGCCCGCCUCUCAGAGCCAGAGCUCGUCCUCUCGGGGAGUCAUGUUCGAUGACAGCGACGACGACGAGGUUGACCCCUUCAAAGGUCGCAGGAAUCGUUCACGAAGAUAACCACCACUGCGGCUGUUGAGUGUUCAGCUGUUUUCCUGAAUGUGGCCCCUCAUCAGCGAGCCAGCUGCUGGUUUAUGAAGGAAUUUAAAAUGCACGUUCAUCCAAUCGUCAAUCACAGUCUUCCCCUGUAUUACAAAGGUUCAUUGGCCAGCUGGUGUUGUUGUUUCAGGUUAAAUUAUUCUGGUGGUGAUCUUAAUGAAAGGAAAUGCGGUUAAAGUUUACUGUGUGUUGUCUUGACUUCUUGCACCCUUGUUUGCCAAAUGCAUCCUGAUCCUGCUUCUGCUGCUAUGGAAACUCACCGGCGUUUGGUUUGUCACUGACAUCUGUAUCACCUGGGAAAUAUUAAAUGUUGCUAACUUUUCAUA